AUGGCGGCGCCGGAGCGGACUCCGGAUGGCCGUUCCGGCGAGGUCGAGGAGGACGAGGACAAGGACGAGGCCGACUCCGACGAGGCCGACGAGGACGAGGCCGACGCCGACGCCGAGGGAGCCGACGCCGAGGAGGCCGAGGCCGAGGAGGCCAAUGCCGACAGGGCCGCCGCCGCCGAGGCCGCCGCCCACGAGGACGCCCUCGAGGAGGCCGACGGCUCCCCCGCCCGCGAGGAGGCCGCGGCCCCCGGGCCGCCCCCAGAGGAGCACAUCGGCGGCGGCGACGGCGCCCCGGGGGCGCCGGCGGCGAAGAGGAAGAAGAAGAAAAAGAAGCCGAGCGCCACGGACGUGGCUCGGAAGCGGGUGUGCCAGAAGCUCAAGGAGGAGCGCAAGGCCGCGAAGCGGGCGCGCCGGCGCGAGGCGGCGCGCGCCGGGAGCAGGCGCGGUGCCCAGGUAGACAUCGAGGCCUUCCUCGAGAAGACCCGGCAGCGCCUGGAGGCCAAGGCUGUCGAAGCCGAGGAGGAGGCCGCGCAGGCCGCCGCGGACGCCGCGCGCGCGGCCGUGGAGGCCGCCGCGGACGUCGCGGGCGGCACGGAGCAGGCGCGCAAGCGGCUCCUGGCGCGCACCGCGAUGGCGAUCGAAGGGGGCUCGAACCAGACAUGCUCGCGCCGUGGAGCGGCGGCGAAAGCGGCGUGCAUCGACCUGGAGGAGUUCCAGAAGAAGACGCACGCGAGGGUCAUGCAGCGGCUGUGGGACAAGCUCCCGCAGGCGAGGGACGGUUGCGUCGGCGAGCCUGGCGUCGACGGCGACUCCUGCGCGAGGGCGCUCUUCACUCGCAGGCGCAUCGCGAUCGUCGGCGCUGGCCCAGUGGGCCUCUGGGCGGCCGUGCUGCUGGCCGACAAAUACAGCAAGCUCGGCGACGGCUGCCGCGUCCGGCGCCCCGACGCCCCGGAGGUCGUUAUCCUGGAGGGCAGGCCGGAGGACGCCCACGGCACGAGGACGGACAUCCGCAUCGCCCUGUCGUCGCCGACGCAGUCCCUGCUGAACCAGCGCACUGGCUCCAGGUCUUUCUCCUCGGGGAUGCCGCUGGCCGAGAUAGAGGCCGCGCUGCUCCGGAGGUGGCGCAGGCUCUGCCCGCGCGACGCCGUGGCCUUCUCCCGCGGCGUGGGGGACCCGGGCGCGCUGACGUCGCUCGAGGGCUUCGACUGCGUGCUGUGGGCCGGCGGGCGCAGGUCGCUGGAGGCGGGGCUACGGCGGCGGCUGGGCUGCGGCGUCCUCCCCGGGGACUCCGAGCGCGUCCUCGUCUUCCAGGUCGACGAGCUCUCCGCUGGCGACGCCUGGCAGCUGGUCAGCCUGGACCUGACCGGCGUCGUCCGCCAGGCGGCCCGCUGCUCUACGCUCCGCGUCAUGGUGCGGCCUGGCCUCGGAGGCGCCUGCGCCUGCUGGGUGUGGCUGUUCGGGCUACCCCGCAUGGAGGAGGAUCCUGGCCGCCCCCACGCGGCCGAGACCCCAGCGGGACCAAGCCGCCACGAGACGAUGGGCGAGGCGCUGUGCGCGGCCCUGGGAGGCGGCGCCCCGGGGGCGGACGCGGAGGCGCUGCGCGCCGCGGCCGACGCGCUGCAGCAGCGGGUGCGGCCGGCGGCCGUCUCGGCGAGGUGGGUGGACGCGGCGUUCUGGUCCUCGGACAGAGUGGUGUGCGAGGUGCCUGGCCCCGACGCGGACGCCCCCGGGCUCGCCCGGCCCCUGGUGCUGAUCGGCGACGCCGCGUGUGGCAAGCCGUUCUACACGGGCACGACGCUGAAUCGGCACUUCUGGGAUGUCGCCGCGCUCGUCGACGAGGUGGAGUGGCCGUUCGACGGCGUGCCUCUCACGCCGGGCACCUUCGACGCGCACGAGCGCCGCUACCAGGCCGAGAUCCGGCGGGUCGCGGAGUUCCGGCGCCGGGGCCGGUGCGACGCGCAGCGGCCCGCGCACCCCCUGCGCCCGGCGGCCUGUGCAGGCCCGCCGCCGCCGCGCGACACGCCGCCGCGCGUCCCCACGAGGGCCCUGUCCCUGCCCGCGCUGGUGGCAUGCUGA